CAGCCGCAACCGGCGCGGCGGCACCGGGCACCGCGGUACCGGCACCGGGGCUCAGCCCCGGGCUGGUGGGGGACCGGGGGAGGGACGGGGGGGGGACAACUCCCCCCCCUCCCCCGGCGGCAGCUCCCCCCUCAUCCUGCCCGCAUGUCGGCGAUGCAGCCCCCGGAGCCGGGUGGGGAUGGCAGAGGCCCUUCCAACAGCAGCUGGCCCAACUCCACCACAAGCGAGAGCCACCUCCUGAGGGAGAACUACACCUUCUUGGCGUACUACCAGCACUCCUCCCCUGUGGCCGCCAUGUUCAUCCUGGCCUACACCUUCAUCUUCCUCAUGUGCAUGAUCGGCAACAUCCUGGUGUGCUUCAUCGUGGUGAAGAACCGCCAGAUGCGGACGGUCACCAACAUGUUCAUCCUCAACCUGGCCAUCAGCGACCUGCUGGUGGGCAUCUUCUGCAUGCCCACCACCUUGGUGGACAACCUCAUCACGGGUUGGCCUUUUGACAACACCAUGUGCAAAAUGAGCGGCCUGGUGCAGGGCAUGUCCGUCUCCGCCUCUGUUUUCACGCUGGUGGCCAUCGCUGUGGAGAGGUUUCGCUGCAUUGUCCACCCCUUCCGCCAGAAGCUGACGUUGAAGAAAGCUCUGGUGACAAUCGCCAUCAUCUGGGUGCUGGCCCUGCUCAUCAUGUGCCCUGCUGCCAUCACCCUGACCGUCACCAGGGAGGAGCACCACUUUAUGGUGGACACCUACAACAACUCCUACCCCCUCUACUCCUGCUGGGAGGCCUGGCCCGAGACGGGGAUGAGGAGGAUCUAUACCACCAUCCUCUUCUCCCACAUCUAUGUGGCUCCCCUUGCCCUCAUCGUUGUCAUGUAUGCCCGCAUCGCCUUCAAACUCUUCAAGUCAGCAGCGCCCGACAGUGGACAAGGGGAGCCAGAGGGGAGGAAGGUCUCCCGAAGGAAGGCCAAGGUCAUCAACAUGCUCAUCAUCGUCGCCCUCUUCUUCACCCUCUCCUGGCUGCCCCUCUGGACACUGAUGCUGCUGAUGGACUACGGGCAGCUGAGCGAGAGCCAGCUCCGCCUGGUCACUGUCUAUGUCUUCCCCUUCGCCCACUGGUUGGCCUUCUUCAACAGCAGCGCCAACCCCAUCAUCUACGGCUACUUUAACGAGAACUUCCGACGGGGCUUCCAGGAGGCCUUCAGGGCUCCCUUCUGCUCACCCCACCGCCAUCGCCAUCGCCAUCAAGGGUCCUACACCCCCAGAAGCCAUGGCCGCGGGAUCCUCUUCAGCGCCCGCAACCGUGUCUUCGCCCAGGCACGGGCCAGCGACUCGCCUCCCGCCUCCGAGUCGGGGCCACUGGCACCACGCCGUGCCGGUGUUUCCGCGUGGGAUGGCUGAGCAGCUGUGGCCACCAGGCAUCUCUGGACCAAGGGCUUGUGGGGUGGGAAAUGGGGAUUUGCCACUUUGUGGGCUGUCAGUCACCAAAAUAAAGACACGUCCUUCAGACGCCAUGUCCCUGCCUUGACUCCUCUGCUUCCCCCAGCAGCUCCAUCCUAGAUGAGGGACAGAGUGGGGCCACCAGCCAAGCCCCCAGCACCAUGGACCCCUCUGCCCUGCCAGCACCCCCUUUACCCAGCCCCGGCCACAGCAUGUGGCCAGGGAGCACAGGGAGCGGGGAGCAGUGGGGGAGAACAUGUGUGAAGGGGCUGCCUCAUGCCAUAGUUGGCCACAGCAUGGAGAACCAUGCAGUCCUUCGCUGGACACCGUGCUGUCCUUGACCAUGCCACACCAUGCUAUUGUGGCCAUGCUGGACCACACCACGCCGUGUGGGACCGUGCCACACCAUGCUGCUGUGGCCAUGCUGGAUUGGACCAAGCCAUGCUGUGCUGAACCAAUGCACACCUUGCUGCUGUGGCCAUGCUGGACCACACUAUGAUGUACUGGACCACGCCAUGCCAUACUGGACCAUGCCACACCAUGCUGCCAUGGCCAAACUGGACCAUACCAUGAUGUGCUG